AUCUGGAGUUGUUCAUUCGGCAGCUCAAGGAAUUAUGUAUAAUGUCUUGGCCGUAAGAAAGCUAGGGCCGUUCAGCUGACAUCCGAGACCCACCGUCCAACAUGUUUUCGAGUGUAUCACGCCACCUAAAUAACCAAAAAUGACAGCCAAGCUGUGAAGCACGUUGCAGAGGCCAGUAAGGCACCUGUGUGGAGCACAUCCAACCUGCUUGUUUCCUUGACCCGUGUCUAUACUGUAGAUUAUUCAGGGGGCCGAGGAACGUGUAUAAAAGACAGCAGUCACCCAGAUACAACAGCCUCUUGACACCGCUCACCAUUCGACUCAUACUUUCCAACCUUCUCACUUCCACUCCGUCACUUCUCUCGCCCAGAACUCCAACCCAUAGACAAAAUGGUCAGCUUCAAGUCACUCGCCACCCUCCUUGCUUUUGGCGUUCUCUCCGCCACUGCUGCCCCUGCUGGAGAUGCUCUGAACGGGAGCUAUCUUGAGGCUCGGCAGCGCCCCGUCAGGUCUUUGCCUGCAAGGAUUGGUACUGGCAAGGACAGUGUAUCACCUGGGACAUGACCUACGCUGAAUGCAAGAACCUUCCCGCGGAGUGGAACGAUGUCGUCAGCUCAAUCAAAAGUGUUCACAGAACUGGUGUCUAUUGCGAGUGGUGGGAGCACGCCAACUGCUCUGGCGAGCGUUACGACAACCAGGAGGACGCCAACCUUCACGAUGGCGAUGGCUUCUUCGCCGAUCGCAUCAGUUCCAUUCGCUGCUACUAAGCCCGGCAAUGGGCUAGCCAUAUAUGUGAAUGGUCGGUGACGUCGUGUGCAGUAUUGAGAGGGAAAUGGGGUUUGGGGGCAGUCGGUUGACUGAUUUAUGGCAAUGGUUGGAAUGGGAAGUUUGACACGUAGUUGGCGUCAUGUCUGACUACUUAGGUAGAUAUAGGGAAACCA